AUGGGUGGAUGCAUCCCUGAAUCUCUUGAGCAACUUCAAGCUCUUGAGAGUCCACACCUCUCCAGGUGUGGAUUGAAUUCUAGCAUCCCGUCUCAGCUUAGGCUUUGCACAAACCUAACCAACCUGGAACUUGAUGAAAAUAAUAUAACAGGUUCUUUACCAGCGUCAUUUGCUGCAUUGAGUAGAAUUUCUUACUUCAGUAUUUAUGACAAUGGUUUGACUGGUUCUAUCCCUUUAUGCAUUUUCAUCAAUUGGCCUGAUUUAACAAGUUUGGUUAUGGGAGAAAACUUAUUCACAGGACCAAUCCCCUCAGAAAUAGGGCAGCUAACAAAUCUUCACAAAUUGGAUCUUUCAGGGAACCAGCUCAAUGGUUCACUCCCAUCCUUCAUUGGAAACCUCUCCAAACUUGCUUACUUGAAGCUUGAUUGCAACCAUCUCACUAGAUUUCUUCCUCCAAAAAUAUGGAACCUUGAAGACAUCCAAUUUUUAAGUCUGAAUUCGAAUGAUUUUCAAGGGCCAUUACUCCCUGGGCCUCACUCUCAAGACCAAAAACUACUCCAUAUAAGCAAUAGCUUUUAUGGAAAAAACCCAGUUUAUUUGGACCAAAAUAAUAAAUAUCCGAAAGUCUACUCCUCAAAUGUUUUGCCCCAUCAAAUCUGCAAUAAGUCAGAAAGAUUACAACAUUGUGCGAGCAUGGCUACAUCCCAAGUGGAAAUGAGUCAUCUCAAAUUUCGGAAGCUAGAAAUCCUACGCCUCUUGGACAACCAAUUUUCAGGUUCCAUUCCAAGAAACAUUGGGCAAGUCAUGCCAAAUCUGAAAUGGUUUGAUGUCUCUGAGAAUCGUAUUACGGGAUUGAUCCCCAACUCCAUAGGAGAGAUGGUAAAUUUGAGUAGUCUCGAACUUUCUGGAAAUAAAUUGAUGGGUCCUAUUCCUGCUACCCUGGGAAACCUAAUUAAUCUUCAGAUCGCGAACCUUAGUCACAAUGCAUUAUCAGGUGAGAUUCCAUUGUCAUUGCGAAGUUGUUCGAAAUUGAAGCUUCUUGAUCUCAGUAAGAACCAGUUGUCAAGGAACAUUCCAUCUUGGAUAGGCAAAAGCGUCAAGUCUCUUCAUAUCCUUCUCCUAAGAUCUAAUAUGUUCAGAGGGGCUAUUCCUCGGGGGAUAUCACACCUAUAUUCACUUCAAGUGCUAGAUCUAGCAUUCAAUAAUUUAUCAGGCACUAUCCCGGCCAUUUUCAACAACUUAACAGCAAUGAUCAUGUCCAAGGCACCAAAGCAUGACACAAGGGACUUGGAGAUAUUCAUGUCCAAGGCACCAAAGCAUGACACAAGGGACUUGGAGAUAUUUAUAGAAGGUUGUGUACCAUUUUAUUUUUACCGUGUCAACAUAUUUGCAAAUGGUAAAAUGUGGCAAUAUAAGCGGAUCUCUUCUCCUGUGACAAGUACUGACUUUUCAAGCAAUAACUUAUCAGGAAGGAUUCUAGAAGAAUUGACAAGAUUGAAUAACUUGUUAUUGCUGAACUUGUCCCACAACCAUCUCAGUGGGAAGAUUCCAAACAUGAUUCACAAAAUGAGGGGUUUGGAAUACCUUGAUUUAUCAAACAAUAUGCUUUCCGGUGAAAUUCCUCCAAGCAUGCCAUCUAUGUCGUUCUUAAAGUGUUUGAACUUGUCCUUCAAUAAUUUAUCAGGACCCAUUCCUCAUAGUGGCCAUACCUUGGGCCUUCUUAAUGGAUCCUCUGGUUCGCCAAUGGUUGCAUUAGAAACUGAAGCAUUGCUCGACUGGAAAACCAGUCUGAUAAAUCAGAAUCUCAAGUCAUGGGUUUUUUAUGCCAACAACAUGACUGCCUAUUGUGAAUGGGUAAGAUCCCGAAAACCAUCGGCACUUUCAAAACUUUCGUUCUUGGAUUUGGGUAGCAACAAUUUCACUGGAUCAGUGCCUAUGGAGAUCGGUAAUCUCACCGAGCUCCAUUUCAUUUCUCUAGAAGACAAUUGGCUCAGUGGAACAAUUCCGCACCAACUUAGUUUUCUGCAAAAGAUUUCCCAACCUUCAUUUCCCAAUGUAAGACGUUGGUGUACUUGGAUUUAUCUCAGAAUUGAGAUCAAUGGUUCGAUCCCAAUUCAAAUAUUUUCUGAUCUCAGUGACCUCAAGUUCCUUAACCUCACUUUCAAUUCCUUUCAAGGCCUCAUUCUGACUGGAAUUUGGAAUCUUGAGAACCUGGAGGAUCUCAGACUAGGAAAGAACAAUCUCACAGGUACAAUUCCUCAUGAGAUCAGUUUAAUUUCUAGUCUUCGAGUACUUGAGCGCCAUGAAAACCCACUGGCUGGACCCAUCCCUGCAUCUCUUGGACGACUAUAUGCUCUAGAAAGGCUGGUCCUUCUCAAUUGUGGGUUGAAUUCUAGCAUCCCAUCUCAACUGGGAAUUGAGAACUUGGGUAUUAGUGGCAAUAGGAUUACAGGUGAAAUCCCUGGCCCUUGUUUUUCGAAUUGGCCUGAUCUUGUUAGUUUGCAACUUCAGGAAAACUUGCUUGUAGGACCAAUCCCAUAA